AUAGUUUUUGCAGGAAAAUGGAAAACAUAUGAUUAUGAUUUAGGGCUUUAGUAAAAAGGAUAACUUGACAGUUCAAGAUGCCAACUCAACACUAUGAAUUGGCUUCAAUCCGGACGUUUACUCGUUACAUAGAAUUUAUGGUCUCAAAAUUAUUACUCCUAUAAUUUCUUUUGUCGGCUUUAUUCAAGAUAUUUAUUGUUUAUGAUGGGAUGACAUCCACAAAUUCACGAUUCAUUUUUCUUGAAAAUCAAGAAAACUUAUCUGUCUAUUUCAUAGUCGGAAUCAGAUCAUUUAAAGGCUGACAUCUCACCAAGCUAAAAUAAAAAUGAAAAAUGAAAAAUACUUUCCAUGUUAAGAAAAUAUCUGAUCUGUUUGUGUCUGUUGGCAUUUAUCAUUUGCCAAGCAACAGUUAGCCAUUUGCCACAGAAGUCACUGUUCAACGCUGUACAAUUGUGUCUCAACGAAUACAUGCCAACAGGCAACAGUAUGUUAUGCUUGCAGGACCAGUUCUUGAUCAAGAUAAGAGAGAGAGAGAGCCUUUUAUUCACUUGAUGCUCAGCUUUAAAAAUCCUCUCCCCUGCAAGUCCCAUGAUUCCCACUUACAUCAAUCCUAGUACGAGAAUAUCUCAACCAUUUAUCUCCCUCUUUCUCUCUGAUGUUUCUUGCACAUGAAGGAUCAAUGGCGGCUUAUCAUUACCAUCGCCUGCUGCUCGACCCCUCCGACAUCACCGCCCCUCCCACCAACAAGACCAACAUCUCCGACGCCAAUUUCGACAGCAACAUGAUGAUCAUCUUGGCGGCUCUGCUCUGUGCACUGCUGUGCGCAGUUGCCCUCAACUCCAUCGUGCGUUGCUUUCUCCGCUGCACUGCAUCUCCCGCCCACGACACUGCCGCUGUUGCUGUUACCGCCACCGGUGUCAAGAAGGCCGCACUGAGCUGGAUUCCGGUGGUGGCUUAUGAGGCCGGCCCGGGCCCCCCCAUCGACUGCCCUAUUUGUCUCGGAGAGUUGGCCGGAGGCGAAGAUGUCCGAUUGUUUCCGAUAUGCAAUCAUGCCUUUCAUGUCAAGUGUAUCGAUAGGUGGCUGCUUCUGCAUUCUUCUUGCCCUACGUGCCGCCAGCCCUUGAUCCAACAUUCUUCCAUUUCAAGUGCAGAUCAUGUUAGAGUUCAGAUUAAUUAGCUGUCAAUGUUUGUAGCUUCUGUUCCUUGGAGUAGAUUAUGUUUAUGAAUCUCCUCUUCACUUGAAAAAAUGAGUUCCAUUAAUUAAGGAAAAAAGAAAAAGGUACAAUGUUGUAAUAGAAUUACUGCAAGAGUUUAAUUAGAGCUACUACAAAGGUAAGAAAUGGUGGCUAUUAUUUGCGUAAGGCGAUGAAGGGGGAUUGGGACUGUGAUGAUGGCUGGUUGGUGUCGGCGGCAGUCCGGUGGUGCGGUGGCCGUGGGCGGCUUCGGGUCUCGUCCGCGGCCCUUUCUCGGCCCACUUGAGCUCUUGCUGUUUGACUGUGGAUGGAUAUCCCAAACAGCAACCGACAUUUCCUGCCUUGUUGAUGUACCUUUGGCUGAAUCUUCUGCCUAAACAGUCUAUGCAUUUUCUUCCUUCUUUCAUCUCCCCCAUUCCAAUUGCAACACACUGCCUGCAGUAAACUCUCCCACAAACCUGACAAAUAUGAUCACUAGAUUCAAUAUUUUUUUCAAGAUUCUUGAUCUCAUGCUUUGUGUGGAAAAUGUUGGUUUUUAAGUUAUAAGUUUACCAGGCAACGGUGGCGGAAGAUGUAGGUGUAGGUGGAGCAGACGGCGCAGAUGUUGGAGUGGGGAAUCCCAGGCCGCCGCCUUCUUCCUCCUCCGCCUCUACCUCCAUAGGCUGCCACGGAACUCAUGUCGCUCACAUGGCUCAUAUCAUCAUAUGUGAAGCUCCUCUGGUCCAUGGAGGCCGGAGACCUAACUCCGGCCCCAUGGUGGUGAGCGUGGUGGCUGUGGACAUCGACGUGGUGGUGUUGGUGGUUGUUGAGGGAUGCAUGUUGCAAAGCUCUGCUGAAGUCUAGGCUGGGGAGUUUGGCUAGGGCCGGUUCGGACUGGCCGGAUUCGGAGAUGGCGGCCAUGGUUGAGGAAGGAGGGAGCUUCUUCUUCUCUACAUUCUUGUGCAUCACUUGAGCCAACUCUUGGAAAGAGAGGUUUACAGAGUCAUCUGCAACUCCCACAUACAUUUCUUCCAGCUCUUUUCUUGCCAUUGUUAAUGUUUUUUUGUCUCCCAUUUUUCUAACAAUUUGGAUGAUGUUUCUUAUUUCUUUUCUUUUCUUUCUUUCCUUUAGAGAAAUUGAAAGAUAAUGUGUGUGUGUGUGGGAUAUGUAAUGAAGGAGGAGAAGUUGAAAAAUGACAAGAUUUGAGGCCGGUUAAGAUUAGGUGAAUAAAGUAAAAACGUUGAUCUUUU